AUGAUAGCUUCAACCUCGAAACCGCAACCUUCGCUCACUCCAAUUCCUGCCAUCGCAGCCUUUGCCAUUCGUUGCCGCUGGCGUCGCCAUCGCAGCUGCCAGGGUCAGAGCUGGCCACAGGCCCUCUGCUCUUCCGCCCAGGCUGUCCCCGCCUGGCUUGCAGUUCCAUCUCCAUCAGUGCAACUCGCCAUGGACGUGAUCCUCAUCCCGGCAAUCAGUCAUCAUUGUGUUUCCCCAUCCGCCUGCCUAGUCAAGCAUACAACCGAGCCUCCAGAUCUCGAUACCAAACACCCUCUUCGUCACAGUUUCACGAAAUAUGGCAAUCAAGCUGCCCGACGCCCCGUCAAAACCCUCCUCAUAUCUGUUGCCGUCGCUGCGGUUCUGAUAUACCCUUUUCCAUUCCUCUACACGAACGACUUCACUAAUGGCGCUUCGAAUCUACCCCACCAUGUUUGGACUUCGGCGCAGCCCUUCCAAGGACCCGUCGACACCCGGCCUGAUGUUGUGAUGCGGUCUAUAUGGGUACACGGAAGUUACAUGAACGCCUUACAACCAGAAGUUUUACAAAGUGCAUUAGAAAUCCAAGAUGAGCUCCUGGGCCCGACGCUUAAUUUUGAUCCUCGAAGACUAUCAGAUCAUAAAUAUCCCGCCGACAUCGAUACCGACUUAACAACGGACAUGCGAGACAGUUUCCACGCUAGCAAUGGCUUGACCAAUUCAUCGUGGUUUUUCCACUCCCCGCUACAAUAUUGGUUAUGCUCGAAAGACCGCAUCGCAGGGGACCACUCUAUCAUCAGGACGGUUAAUGAAGGCUCACGUCAAGCAACGUUAAUUAAUACCACUCUUCGGCACUCUAUCGUGUUUAGCGGAAAGCGCUUUGAGGGCCAUCGACUUGUUGCCGCCGAUACCUUGGUUAUCACGUUGAUACAUAUGCUCGACUCCCCCGUCGGUAGACAAUGGGAGAGGAAAGCCGAGCAGCUUGCGCGCAGGAAAUCGAAACAGUGGCGCAUUAUACCGCCGGACGGUAGAUCGUACGCUAGUACAUUAUAUGAGUUUCGAUUUCAGCCGCUGUCUUUCCAAGAUGACCUCUUCCUCGGGGUCGCGUACACUGCUACUGCUCUGUACUUUUUCGUUAGCCUAUCAAGAAUGCGGGCGCUAAAAUCACGACUGGGCCUUAUCAUUGCAGUCACGGUACAGAUUGCGAUGUCAAUCAUGUCGAGUUUCACUAUCUGUGCGAUUUGGAAAAUUGACCUCUCCAAGAUACCUAGGGAGGUAUAUCCGUUGAUAAUAUUGACAGUUGGGUUGGAAAACAUUUUCCGGUUCAUCAAUGCCGUCAUCCUAACCCCUUCUGACCGUUCUACUUCAACAAGAACUGGCGAAGCUCUAGGCAAGACUGGAUACAUUGCCCUUGCUUCUGUUAGUCAGAAUAUUGCCAUACUCUGGAUGCUAUCUAAAAUAGUAUCGCCUCAAAUCUCCGCGUUCUGCACAUUCGCAGCCCUCGCUCUUUGCUUCGACUUCUUCUACCUAUUAACGUUCUUUACAGCAGUUCUAAGUAUUGACGUGCGGCGAACUGAGCUGAGCGAUUCCUUGACCCGGGUUUCAACUCGCAAAGAACCAUACUCAACAUCAGAUUCGCAACCGAGGAAAACCUGGGGGGAUGCAGUCUUGCGUGUCGAGACUGCGGUCUCGACACGAGUAGCUGGGACCAUUGUGAUUAUAGCCUUUGUAAUUAUGGCACAGUGGCAUUUCUUCGAUAAUGAGAGUCUUUUUCAGACUAUCCUCCGGUUGUGGAGAUCCAGCUCACAACCCCACCCAACGCGAUCUAGCUCCACAGCUUUUCUGUCAGUCGAUAUUCACCAAGCCAGGACGCCCACAUCAUGGUUAAGAAUGCAAGAUCAUGAAACAGCUCACGAGGUCAUUCAAGCCAUCAAGCCACAUGCUAAUCGCUACAUCGCGCAAGUGUACGACCCUUUGAUAUUUGUCCUUGAUGGAUCUGAUAGGACCCCAACCAGUUUUGGAGACAGUCAAUUAUUACCUGCUGCCCAAGGAUUUUUUAUCGCAGUUAUUUCGAUUCUUGCUGUGGUCUCACUAUUAAUGAACUACCUCCUCUGGGAUGAGCUGCCAGAAGCUGGGGCGGAAGAUAGGCCUGAUGAUAAGCCACUUCUGUCUGUUAAAACUUUGAGUCUGGGGCACGCCCUUGAUAUUGUUCUCCUCAAAGCAUCUAACGAUGGAAUUAUUGCAACGGUUGGUCUGGAUCGAUGGAUCCGUAUAUGGGAUAUUCGCAACGGAAUGUUCAACUACAUUGUUCAAGACCCCGGCUCUGAUAUCGACCCAUUUCCCGUCCUAGCUAUGGCUAUCGAUAAUGACUCCAAUUGGCUGGCGCUUUUGUCAGCUAAAGACAAGGUCAUGUUAUGGAAUAUUCCCGAGAGACGAUGGGGUCCCGUGAUGUCGGUCGAGAUCAAAGGUCGAACUCCCGCCACAUUUUGCUUUGGAUACCACAAAACGGAGCUUAUAGAUCCUGUACUGGUGGUUCGGCAUAAUGGCAUAAUGACGGAAAUGCACAUGGAAACAAACGAAACCAAGGAGCUACAAAUCUGUCGCAGUCCACUGGUCGCUGCAUUACCCCAUUUCGAAAAACCUAGCCCCCAAUAUCCUCACCCUCCCCCACGGAUACUCACAUCAUCAAAGCGUGGAUGUGUCCAUGUGGCUUCGCAAUUCGAACCAGACUGGGUCUCGGAAGGGCUUGAAAUCCCUGAUCCGGAAGAUGACAAAGAGAUUCGAUCGAUCCUGCCAUUGCCGGCUUUGAGUUCCUUUCUUGCAUGCCGGGAUCACACUGUUGAUCUCAUCGACAUGUUCACCCACAAAGUCACACAUACGUUUGCUACCAAGUCGAUGAAGCCUAACACCCUUCGAUGUUUCCACUCCACUCGCAGACGACCACAAUGCGGGUCUGUGGGACUUGCUUCUCUCGCAAUUGCUUACACCUGCGCCGAAACGGGAUCGUGCAUAUUGCAAUCCUACCUCCCCCAACGCGAGGGUGAUACCAUAUGCUUCCGUGAUCCAUGGAAGCCGGGCAGCAAGACUUGCUGUCUCUGGCGAGAGACAGUCGAGCAUAAAUACGAGGUCCAGAACCCUGGUGAAUGGCAAGCACUACAAAUUGGUUAUGUUGUCGGAGUCCGCAAGCGGGAGACACGAGCUGGUGUAAAAGAAACCGGUAGCCAUUCCACCCUUUCUCCUGGCACUUCAGGGCUGAGACGACGUGGCGGAAACGGGACACAUUCAUUAUCCCACAGUAUAAGCAAGUCAGAAAUGGACGACGAAGAUUCUUGGGAAGUGUGGAGUAUCAAUGCGAGGGGCGACCGGUCAAGCACGCCGCUCUGUGACGCGAACCAGAAUCAUGAAAGCCUUCUCGUGAAUGGCCUUGGUCCAAUGGAGAAGGCGGGUAAGAGCGUCAUCGCUGUCGCGUUGGGCAAUAUUAUCAAAGUCAUCACUGUAGGAAGCGAUAAGUUCGAUGGCACUCAAGAAGAAAGCGACGAUUCGGCCUUCGUCGGAAUGGCUGCGAGCCGGAAGAAGAAGCCCAGCAUUUCAACAAGGAAACGGACCGCUUAA